AUGGAAGAAGACUCAUUUAAAAAUAGAUUAUUAAAAAGAAACAUUGAUAUAUGGAUAGAAAAAUAUCGCCCUGAGUAUUUAGAGGAUGUAGUCGGAAACACUUUUGUCAUAAAUACAUUAAAGAGUAUUAUAGUAUCGGGGAAUAUGCCUAAUUUGCUUUUAGCUGGGGCCCCUGGUACAGGAAAAACCACUAGCAUUUUGUGUCUAGCUAGCGAAAUGUUAGGAAGUCAAGCAAAGAAAGCGGUUCUUGAAUUAAAUGCAUCAGAUGAUAGAGGAAUCAAUGUAAUACGUGAUAGAAUAAAAAGUUUUGCUAAAGAGGUAAUAAGUUUACCACCUGGAAGACAUAAAAUAAUAAUAUUAGAUGAAGUCGAUUCCAUGACAACAGCAGCUCAACAAUCUUUAAGAAGAAUAAUGGAAUUGUAUUCAGAUACAACAAGAUUUGCGCUAGCAUGUAAUCAAUCAGAAAAAAUAAUAGAUGCGCUUCAAAGUAGAUGUGCUAUUAUUAGAUAUUUUAAAUUAACAGAUGAUCAAGUUUUAAAAAGAAUUUUAAAAAUAUGUGAAUACGAAAACAUUAAAUAUACAGAUGAUGGUUUAGAAACGAUAACAUUCAUAGCUGAUGGAGAUUUAAGAAAAGCAGUUAAUUGUCUGCAAUCAACUUAUGCUGGUUUAGAAGUCAUAAAUAAAGAAAAUGUUCUAAAUAUUUGUGAUAUUCCCUCACCAGAAAGAAUUGAAAAUUUAUUGAAACACUGUAUUAGUAGUGAAUGGAGAAAAGCUCAUGAUAUUGCUUAUGAAAUGAUAAAAGAAGGGCAUACACCAUUUGAUGUUGCGUUAACGUCAUCAAAUGUUUUAAGGAGAUAUGACCUCGGAUCUGAAGCUAUUCAGAUUGAGUUUUUAAAAAUCGGAGCAAUGGCAUGCAACACGAUGGCAAGUGGUUUGUCAAGUGUAAUACAGCUAGAUAAGCUGAUAGCUGAUUGGUGUAUAGCUGCAAAAACGCUUAGGGCAAAAUGUUGA